AUGGACAGCAAGACUAUAGGUAUAUUAGGGGGUGGCCAGCUCGGUCGUAUGAUUGUUGAAGCAGCACACAGACUCAACAUCAAGACUGUUAUUUUAGAUGCCCCUAAAUCUCCAGCUAAACAAAUCAAUGCCCUCGAUGACCAUGUCGAUGGCUCUUUUACUGAUUAUGAAUCCAUUGCAAAAUUGGCUGAAAAAGUUGACAUCCUCACUGUUGAAAUUGAACAUGUUGAUGUUGGUGCUUUGAAAAAGAUUCAGACUAAAUUCCCCAAAAUUGAAAUAUAUCCUUUACCUGAAACUAUCAAGUUGAUUCAGGACAAAUUCUUACAAAAGGAGCAUUUGAUACAACACGGCAUUGCUGUUACCGAAUCGCAAGCUAUUAAUGCGAAUACAAGUGAAGAGUUGUUGAAGGUGGGCCAACAAUAUGGAUACCCAUUCAUGUUGAAAUCAAGAACUUUGGCAUAUGAUGGCAGAGGCAACUUUGUUGUUAAAGACGAGUCUUGCGUUGAAAAAGCCUUGGAGUUCUUAGCUGAUCGUCCAUUGUAUGCUGAAAAAUGGUGUCCCUUCACUAAAGAAUUGGCAGUCAUGGUUGUCAGAUCGAUUGAAGGUGAAGUCUUUUCGUACCCAACAGUGGAAACCAUACACCAAAACAACAUAUGCCAUCUUGUAUAUGCACCAGCAAGGAUCAAUGAUACUUUGGCUGAGAAGGCAUCUAUAUUGGCCCAGAAUGCCGUCAAAUCCUUCCCUGGUUGCGGUAUAUUUGGAGUUGAGAUGUUUUUGUUAGACAAUGGUGAGCUUUUGAUUAAUGAAAUUGCACCAAGACCUCAUAACUCAGGACACUAUACAAUUGACGCUUGUGUCACUUCUCAAUUCGAAGCACACGUUAGAGCAGUCACUGGAUUACCCAUGCCCAAGGGAUUCACUGAAUUUGCAACCACAACUACCAAUGCCAUCAUGUUGAAUGUGUUGGGCGAUAAAGAAACUCCAAACAAGGAAUUGGAAACGUGUCGUCGAGCAUUGGAAACUCCUCAUUCGACAGUAUAUUUGUAUGGGAAAACCACCAGACCCGAACGUAAAAUGGGCCACAUCAAUAUUGUCACUUCUUCGAUGGACGAUGCUGAAAAUAGAUUGGCCUACAUAAUGGGAAACAGUAGCAAUAAACCUGCAUCAACUGUUGCUGGCAAGAAAGAACAGCCAUUAGUGGGAAUAAUCAUGGGCUCCGAUUCUGAUUUACCAGUUAUGGCGGUUGGUGCUCGUAUUUUGAAGCAGUUUGGCGUUCCCUUUGAAUUAACCAUUGUCAGCGCUCAUCGUACCCCACACAGAAUGUCCAAGUAUGCCAUUGAAGCAGCUCAGCGCGGUUUGAAAUGUAUCAUAGCCGGAGCCGGCGGUGCUGCUCAUUUACCGGGAAUGGUUGCUGCCAUGACUCCAUUACCAGUUAUUGGUGUUCCUGUGAAAGGAUCCACUUUAGAUGGAGUUGAUUCGUUGCAUUCAAUUGUGCAAAUGCCAAGAGGUAUUCCUGUGGCUACUGUUGCCAUCAACAACAGUACUAAUGCUGCAUUAUUAGCAGUAAGGAUUUUGGGAGCUGUUGAUUCGAAAUGGUUGAAUAAAAUGAGCAGUUAUAUGAACAAUAUGGAGGAGGAAGUAUUGAAGAAAGCUGAAGUUGUGGAAGAAAUCGGUUACGAGGAUUACCUUACAGAUAAAUUAAAAAAGUGA